AUGUUGGAAAUUCAGGGCCGUCAGGAAUUGGCGGUGUUUAGGAAUGAGGAAGGAAAGUUCAUUACUCCCUUCUCUGGCCCAAUUGGAGAAGGUGACUCUCUAAGGGUUGAACUAAUGGCAGUUUUGGAAGGGGUUAAGAGGGCAAAGGAGAUGGGCAUUCAUGAACUAAUCAUAGAAGGUGACUCCAAGCUAGUGGUGGGAUGGUUGAAUGAUGAGAGGAGUGGAUUCUGGAAUGACAGCAAUGAAAGGAAAAUGUUCAAGUGGUUAACACAGGAUAUUGAAGUUAAAGUGGUUUGGGUCAAAAGAAAUACCAAUUCCAUAGCUGAUGGGCUAGCAAAGCAAGGGGUGAAUAGGGAUGCAAUGCUUUGGGCUUAA